ACAUUUACUGAGUGUUUUCUUUUGUGUGUGUUUUGCAGGGGCGCGCGCGCUGACGGAGUGCGGAUGGGCUUGGACCCGCGCGAGUAGCGGUGGGCCGGCCUACUCGGCUCGCCCCCCAGGCAUGGACAUGUACUGCGGCCCCGCGGAGGACAAGAUGCUGGGCGGCGUGCACGCGGUGGUGGGCGGGCUCGGCGCCGCCGCCACCGUCGUGGGCGGCUCCGUCCUGAACGGCAUCAAGACGGAGCAGGGCGCCAGCAUGAACGGCAACGGCAAGCGGCCCAGCCCCGACCACUGGGACAGCUCGCCGAGCCACAGCGACUCGGCCACGGCUGCGCCGCCGCUCACCCCCUCGCCCGGCCCCAACCCCCACCACUACACCGUCAUCUCCAACGGCUACUCGUCGCCCAUGUCGUCCGGCAGCUACGACCCCUACUCUCCCAACGGAAAGCUAGGUAAGUGGAGUUGCAGGUCGGGUUGUUUCUCUCCGAGAAAGGCCAAGAUUCCUCCACUCCUCAUGUCUUUCCGUGUUUGUUUACGUAUUAUUCCUUCCUACUAUACAAUUUGUAGCUCCUCCUUACGUCUCUCCACUCCGUAUUACUCAACCCACUUGUCAUGUCUGCAAUUUUUCUAUCCGUGUAUCGCGAUUCGUCGACGUCGGCGUGUCUUUGGGUGCAGGAAGGGGAAAGUGUGA